UUCUCCAAGCACUGACUGCCCAUCCACUCUGACCACAGCCAGGGGCCACAUCCCACUGCCUGCCCAGCGUCCAUCCAUGGAGGUGACCACCAUGUCCCCAUCUCCCGCCUCACCCACUGAAGGGGACGAUCUCUGUGACAUAGAUGUCACCAACGUGGCCAUACACAGUGUGACACUGCUCAUCAGCCUCUGUGGGCUGGCUGGGAAUGGGGCUGUGCUCUCCCUCCUCAGCCUGAAAAUCCAUAACAUUGGCAUCUUUGACCUGGCUUUUGCUGACUUCCUCCUCCUGCUCUUCACAGUCCCCUCUGUCCUCCUCUUCCUGGUGGAGGACGUGUCCUGCUCUCCUAUCAUGCCCCUGCUGUACUUGGGUUUCCUUUUCCAGCUCUCAGUGGUCUCCUACUACUGGGCGCUGUUCCGGCUGACAGACACCAGCAUUGCUGAUUUUGUGGAGAAGCUCUGCGAGCUCUGCUGUGGCUGCAAACUUCCUCUGCGCCUGUGCAGAUUGGUGGACAGUGUUGAAUACUGGGCCUUCUUUGCUCUCUUCACUGUCAUUCCUGCAGUGACAAACCUGUGCCCAUCACACCAGCAGGAGCACUGCAGGGCAGCUCUCAUCUCUGUGCAUGCCCUCAUCCUGCUCUUCUUGGCUGCACCCGUGGUCAUUUUCAGCACAAUCGACUUCAUUAAGGCCAUGUGCAGCUCCAAGAAGCAGCAAAGCAAGAGGCGCGACAUCGUUAUCUUCCUUAUCCUACUCUUCAUUGUCCUUCUCAGCCUCUUCAAUUUUCUGCAGCAGCUCGGCUACACCUUUGUGUCUUCCCAGGUUGUUUUCCUGCUCAGCUGCAUCCACAGCAGCAUCAAACCCUUCAUCUACUUCUUGGCAGGGGGUUUAAAGGGCCCCUGCUCCCUGAAAUCCCUCCAGCUCUCCCUGCAGAGGGCCUUUGAUGAGCAGAAAAAAAAAGUAGCCCACAGAAAUGAUGGCUGCAUGGACACAGUGAUCUGA